AAGGUUCUGCCUUGACCUUUUUCAUCGAUGAUGACUUUUGCUGCUUCUGUAAUCAGUCAGUCAGACAGUCACCUGCUCAUCACCCUUUAAAUACAUCACGAGAGCUCUGCUGGAAGUAAGCAAUCGCAUUCUUCACUUAGCAGAAGUCCCUCCUGGUACUCAGAAACCUUUGUAAUGCAGGGAUCAAAGAUGUAUUUCAAGGUAAUCCGAGUGGCAGUGAUGUUACUCCUAUUUUCCCACCUUAGCACAGCGGAACAAUGUGGACGACAAGCAGGAAAUGCAGUGUGCCCUAGCAACCUUUGCUGCAGUGAGUAUGGCUGGUGUGGAUCUACAUCAGCCUACUGUGGACUCAACUGCCAAAGCGGACCAUGUACUGGCAGCUCACCCAGCCCUCCUUCAGGCACUCCUUCCACUGGUGGCACGAAGACCGGGGAAGUUUCAUAUUAUACAGCUCCGUUUACUCCUUCCGCUUGUUUUGGAUUCGAUGCGGGUCAGUUUCCCUCCAAUAAUUACUUUGCUGCGGGAGGUGACGGAGCACCCAACAUCUGGAACAAUGGUGCAAACUGUGGUAAGUGGUUCAAGAUCCAGUGCACAGGCAAUGGCUGUACUAGCUCAGCUACCAUCUCUAUCAAGGUAGUGGAUCGUUGCCCUAAUGGAUGUGUAGGUGGGCGAGCAUUUGAUCUGUCUGACACAGCGUUUAGAGCCAUAGCAAAUCCAGACGCUGGACAUGUGAGUAUCAACUAUUCCGGUCCAUAUGAUAGCGCGUAGUAUCAGAACACACAAUAAUAAAGAUGCGUUCCUCCUGUAUCUGAACCUCUGGAUAUCUUAUUCAAUAAGUGGACUCUAUAUCGGAGAUUUUCUGUACUUCCCAAAAGAAAGCAGUACUGUUGCGACACUUGUACUGAUGAUGAUUCAUCGUCGACAUCGAAUAAAUUGUCUACCUUCUUGGGACAAAAGGUUGGUUCGAGUUCAGUUCUCUCUCCUGCAACUGAUCAUCUUCGAUCAACCAGUUGUACGGUUGAAACCAGUUUUCAGUUCACCAUGAGCUGUGUUUGUGUUCACGCCCAUGAAUGCUAGUGUCCCCAAAUUGAUGAAAGACAUGGAGGAAUUAUUUACCUCUUAGAGCUC